AUGGCGUGCAAUUUGGCGACAACAGCAGAUAUUCAUCGUGAUUUACAACGUUUUUGGGCCAUCGAAGACGACUCAACGCCGAUUUACUCUCCGCAGGAAGCGCUUUGCGAGAAACACUUUUGUGAAAAUGUUAUCCGCGACGAGGAUGGCCGCUAUACGGUUCGGUUACCACUGAAGGAAGAGGUCAUAAGCAAGCUAAGAGACAAUCGUCGCACAGCCUUCCAUCGAUUUCGUAUGCUAGAAGCACGACUAAAUCGUAACCCGCAACUGGCGGAAAAAUACAAAGAGUUUAUGCAGGAAUAUAUAACACUAGGGCACAUGGAACGUAUCGAUGAAUCGCAUAAUACAUCCCAACCUGCAUUCUUUCUUCCACACCAUCCAGUCAUCCGAGAAGAUAGUAGCACUACACAGGUGCGCGUCGUAUUUGACGCUUCGUGUAAAAGCACUACCGGAGUUUCUCUUAACGACGCCAUGUUAGUGGGGCCGGUAAUACAAGAAGAUCUGCGAUCCAUUUUAAUGCGAUCGCGAAUGCGUCCGGUGGCACUAAUUGCAGAUGUUGCUAAAAUGUACCGCCAAAUACGGUUGGGCUCAGAUGAUACCCCACUGCACCGAAUAUUUUGGCGUUUUUCUCCAGUGGAACCAGUUGCUGUUUAUGAACUGAAAACGGUCACUUACGGCACUGCAUCUGCCCCAUUUCUAGUCACACGUGUUCUUAAGAAACUUGCUGAAGACGAAAAUGAAAACUAUCCGGCCGCCGCAAAGGCCACCUGCGAAGAUUUCUAUGUCGACGACUUUUACUCGGGAGCGGAUUCAAUUGAAAGGGCCGUAACACUACGGCAGCAAAUAGAUGCUAUGUUUUCGUCGGCAGGAAUGAAACUACGGAAGUGGGCGAGCAACGAAACAGCAGCAUUGGAGGGUAUGUCUGAGGCUGACCUAGCACUCCAAUCAUCGGUACAUUUGAACAAAGAUCAGUCGAUUAAAACACUUGGUCUACAUUGGGAGCCCAGCACAGAUAAAUUGAAAUACGUCAUACGAGAGGAACAGAUUGACAUUCCCACCGCUGUAACCAAACGAGCAACGCUGUCGCGUAUCGCUAAACUCUUCGAUCCAUUAGGUUUGGUUGGCCCAGUGGUACUGAUUGCAAAAAUUUUUAUGCAGACGUUGUGGACGUUAAGAGAUGAAAAUGGAAAACCGUGGGAAUGGGAUCGUGAGCUACCUCAGCUAAUGAUAGAACGUUGGAAUUCGUACCGCUCUCAGCUAUCUUUGUUGAACGACCUUCGGAUCGAUCGUUUCAUAUCAUGCUCAAACCCGAGCUCUUUGGAAUUGCACCUCUUUUCAGACGCAUCGCAAAUGGCCUACGGUUGCUGCUGUUACAUUCGGUCAGUGAACUCGUCGGGUGAAACGAAAGUUGCUCUACUGACGUCACGCUCAAAGGUGUCACCACUUGCGCAACAAACUAUACCACGAUUGGAGCUAUGUGCGGCACAAAUGGCAGCUGAAAUGUAUACAAAGGUACAAAGCGCACUGCGAUUUACAGGAAGGACAUUUUUCUGGGUGGACUCCAAGAUUGUGCUGAGCUGGCUGAAGGCUUCACCAACAAGUUGGACUACGUUUGUUGCUAACAGAGUGUCCCGCAUUCAACAAUCAACACAAGACUGCAAAUGGAACUACGUUCCCGGCACAGACAAUCCGGCGGAUCACAUUUCGAGAGGACUGUUACCGAUAGACUUGCUGCACAAUGAGGUAUGGUGGGAAGGCCCUAAAUGGCUCAGAAAGGAAAGUGAAUCGUGGCCUUUACAAACAGUGGAAUUGUCGGGCGAUGCAGAAGUACUGAAAGAAGCACGAAAAACAACACUAUCAUUACCAGUUGCGUCUGAAGGACUUUAUUUCUAA